UUUAUUUCACCAAAAUAAAAGCGAUUCAGUCUGCAACCUUUGCUAUGAAUUUAAUGCCCUUGCUGCUCCUCCAGCUGCGUGGACUGCUCUCUCGUAAACCUUUCCUAAACCCCUGCUUCCUAUAUUCACUCGGUUCUGCGUUUUCUUUCAGCUACAUUCCCGAUUCAACAGAGAGCCACUACGACCCUCUUCUCAAAUCAGCUGAUGGUUUGGCCUCUCUACGACAGAUACACUCGCCUCUGGUUGUCUCGGGGUUCGUCUCCCAAAGCAUUCAUUUGGGCGCCCAACUCAUCGCCGGUUAUGCAAAGUAUGGAGAACCAACCAGCGCCAGAUCAGUGUUCGAUCAUUUGAUCGGUUGCGGUAAUGAAACCAGUUCUUUCCUUUGGAACACCAUGAUUCGGGCUUAUGCGAACGCUGCAGGGUGUAGCUACGAAGCCCUGGAGUUGUAUUCCCUCAUGCGCAGGGCUCAAGUUUCGCCCAAUAACUAUACUUUCCCGUUUGUGUUUAGAGUCUGCGCUUCCUCGGAGGCGGGCUCGUUGAUUCUCCUGGGGAGAGUGGUUCAUGGCGAGGCUGUGAGAGCUGGGUUCGACUCGGAUUUGCAUGUCGAGGCCGCUUUGGUGCAUAUGUACGCGAAAUGGGGCGAGUUUGGUGAUGCCCGCAAGGUUUUCGAUGAAAUGCCUGUGAAGGGUUUGGUCUGCUGGACCGCAAUGAUUACGGCUUACGAACAGGCCGAGAAGCCUGAAGAGGCUCUUAGUUUAAUGGUCGAGAUGCAGAGAGAAGAGGGUUUGGUUCCGGAUUCAGUCACUGUAAUAAGCGUCGCAUCGGCCGUUGGUCAGUUGGCCGUCCGAAAGUUGGCUGGAUCGGUUCAUGCUUAUGCCAUCCGUAACAUUUUUCUCCAGCAGAUAGGUGUUGCUAACUCAAUUCUGGGCAUGUACACCAGAUGUGGAGAUGCGCAAAAGGCUCGUUUGGUUUUUGAGAAGAUGGUGGAAAGGAAUGUCAUCUCGUGGAACUCGAUGCUCUCUGGCUAUACUCAGAAUGGACAAGCUAGUGAAGCUCUCAUACUCUUUGACGAGAUGAAUGAUUCUAAUGUGGAAGCUAAUGCAGUAACAGCAUUGAUAAUGGUUGCAGCCUGCGCUUAUUUGGGCUCCCUUCGUCUUGGAAGAAAGUUCCAUAAUUUUGUUAUCGACAGGAACUUCACCAUCGAUAAGAAUCUCCAUAAUGCAUUGAUGGACAUGUAUGCAAAAUGCGGAGAUCUUAAAACUGCGUGUGAAAUGUUUAACAGUAUUAAUCCUAGUAUGCGGGAUGCCAGUUCAUGGAAUGUGCUGAUUUCAGGGUAUGGUAUGCAUGGACACGGUAGAGAAACCUUGAAUAUGUUUUCAAGAAUGCAAGCAGAAGGCGUUGACCCAAAUCACAUCACAUUCACCUCCGUUCUCUCUGCUUGUAGUCAUGCAGGCCUCGUCAAUGAAGGCAGGCAGUGUUUUGAUGAGAUGCAAAAGCUGUCCGUAGCACCCGAGGCCAAGCACUAUGCUUGUGUGGUUGAUAUGCUUGGUCGAGCCGGUAAGUUGCAGGAAGCAUUCGAUCUGAUCAAACAGAUGCCAUUUCCUCCAAAUGAUGCUGUUUGGGGCGCUCUGCUUCUUGCUUGCAAGAUCCAUGGGAAUAAAGAGCUAGCACGAAUUGCAGCUGACAAGCUGUUUGAACUUCAGCCAGGUCACACGGGAUACUACGUGUUGAUGUCAAAUAUAUACGCAGCAUCAGAAAGAUGGGGAGAAGUAGGGAACCUGAGACAAUAUAUGAAGGAUAAGGGUAUGAAGAAACCUGCUGCAUUCAGUGUGAUUGAAUUCGGCGAAGAGAUCCACGGGUUCCAUACUGCUGACAGAGAGCAUCCAUACUGGGAAGAGGUUUACAGGGAAGUGGAGAUAUUGGCUGUGAAGCUCAAGAUGGCUGGUCAUGUUCCCGACCUAUCAUGCACUCUCCAUGACAUGGAAGAAGAGGAUAAAGAACUCGCGUUAAACCUCCACAGCGAGAAAUUAGCUGUGGCGUUUGGGAUUAUGAGGACUGAGUCUGGGAUGACGAUAUACUUAACGAAGAAUCUUCGUGUUUGCAACGACUGCCACUCGGCCUUGAAGUUGCUUUCACAUAUUUUUGACCGCGAGAUUGUGGUUAGAGAUGGAAAUCGAUUCCAUCACUUCCAAGGAGGUGUGUGCUCUUGCAAUGACUACUGGUAAUAUAUAGCAGGCUUUUGCAGAAAAAUGUAACGCUCUCAAAUGUGUGUAGCAUCGCUGUGCAGUCCACGCCUAAACUGGUACGUUCCACAACCCAUAUAACAACUCAUCAGAGGCCUUAUCAACUGAAAUGUCCAGUAGGUCUGUUGUCGUGUUGUUGAUUUUUAUAAUCUUUGGGGUGGCUAGAAUGAUUAGAGAGAUUGGAAAAAUAGAGUAUUGGGUCUUUUUCAGUAAUCCAAUAAUUGUUAAAAUUAUUUGGAUUAAUCAAUUGUUGAACAAUAUAAAUUAUGAACUUUAGCAAUCAGCUUUAGUAUUCUAUGAAGUAUUCGGAAUUUGACAUGAUUUGGAUGAUUAAUUUAGCAUGAGUAUCUAUCUGUCUCUCACCUCAAUCCCCAUUUUCUGUCUAGUUACCACUGGGAACAUUUGCCUGUCACUGUCACAUCUCGGCCAUCCUCAAAGUUAUCGCAGUGGAUACAUUCCCCUCAAACUUUUGAGACUGGCCUUGUUUUUAGUUGAACCACCCAGUUGAAUAGUUUGAACCGCAACAUUGCAGCAACCUCGUGCCACGGAACUAACCUAUCUUUUUGGCCUGUUUCUGCUCUUUCGUGUUUAACAUUUCAAAGGGUGGCAAAAUCGGCCGACUAAUGCAUCGAACGAGAAACCAGAAAGAGAUUACGGAGUUUAUUUUAGGCAUGGCCGGAAAAGCGCACGAGAAUAACUCCAAAGAUGAGCCGGAGCCGAAGUCCCUGUCAGGGAAAAGAUGAGCAGAAGUCAUUGGCUAUUUGGCUGGACCUGCCCGGUUGCCGCAAGGCGCAAGUUCAAGAAGAGCUCACGUGGCCAACUUGGGCGGUUUAUUUGGUGGUGUUGGGUCUUAUCUGCUUACCUCGUCUGUCCUUUACCAGACAUCGGACCGAGCUCAUUCAUGGGAACGAACUGGGAGGAGAAGAAGUACAAGUACACAGCUUUUUGGACAUAAAUACAAGUUCAUGGU